AUGGCCCGAGUGAAUCAACGUGUCGUGUUUCUCCUCCUCGCCUUCUCAUUCGUAGUUCUUCCAUCGACCUCGCACUCAGCUUGUUCCGCAGGGAAUUGCGGCGCUGGGUCGGGACGUAAUGACGUCAGCAACAAGGCGUCGAAUUUCGAUACUUUCGCGACUCGUUCCGAGAGGCAUUCGUCGGGCUUCGCUUACUCUCGCGUGAGAGGGGCCCCAUUGGUGGAGUGGCAGCAGCGGCUGCUGACAUGGCAUGCAGGGCAGGCGGGCAGCGGGAGAGACGCACUGGGGGAGCAGAGGGUGGGAGGCGAGGAGGAGUGGCACGGGGAGGAGGGGAGUGAGAGUGAUGCAAGUGGUGGAGAUGACAGCCGUAUGGGGGAGGUGGUGGGGCAGGCAGGGGCAGAGAGGGGCAGGGAAGGAAAGGCGGAGGCGGAAGGGCGUGGGAGGGGUGGGGUGCAUGACAGGAGGUCCACAGAUGCUGGUGGUGGGGAAUGGGGAGGGGGAGGGGUGCAUGUGGGGGGAGGAGGAGGGGUGCAUGUGGGGGGAGGGGGAGGGGUGCAUUCAGGGCGGGGUGUUGGAGCGGACGAGCCUGACUCUCUGCUCGCUGACUUCCUCCCUGUGCUAGAUCCGCUUCGCCUGCCGUCCCUCUUCCAAUCAGCUGCUGCCACCUCAGCCUCCUCAGACACCGCUUCUCCACCGGGCCUGAAUGCCACGUCAGCAGCAGGGCAGGAGGACGUGGUGAGCGCUGGAGGGUUCCAGUUUGCAGCACGCACAGCCGAUGCCUAUGCAGGCAGGGCAGGGGGAGGCGUAGAGGAGGUCAAGGUGGAGGAGAGUAGAGCUGGCGGGCAGCAAGAGGUGGGCCGUGGGAGACAGCUAAAGCAGCAGCACAGCGAGCAGGUGGAGCAGGGCGGAGGGCACGGAGAGAGGAGCAAGGCAGCAGCAGGAGGGGGAGGUGGAGGGGGAGGGAGCGAGGCAGUGCAGGGGGCCCCGAUCACAGAGGGCGGGGUGAGUCUGACUGAGCUGUCAUCCGCAGUGCUGUCAGGGUCGCUGCUCUCUGAAGCCCCUCUCGGCUCCCCCGUGCUCCUCCGCGUUGCCUUCUCCUCCGGCCCCAAGGCAGGCCACCAGACCGUGCAGCAGCAGCAGCAGCAGCAGCCUCUGAAGGGGGCGGCAAGAGCAGCAUCAGCGGCACCCGGGGGUGUGUCGUCGCCGUUCUUCCGGCUGUCAUCGCAGGUGGACCUGUCGCAGUCACGCGUGCAGCUGUACGGCCCCAUGCCGCACUCGCGCCGCCGCACCUUCCCCCUUGCUGUAGCCAGCGCCACUGAUGCUGCGGGCGGGGAGGUGCUCACUGCUAACUUCACUGUCAAGUCCUCCCAUAAAAUGCAGUACUUGUUCCCAAAACCUCUCUCCAUCUUCCACCACACAUGCCAUGUGCGCGUCUCCUCCCUGCCUGCCUGCGUGCAGCUGCCCGGGGCCUACAGUGUGAUGGUGGUGGUGGCGGACACACAGGGCAACCGCCUCAAGUUCAAGGCGCCCAACUUCUUCCGCUCCGCCCUCCCCCGCCCCGCCGCGCUCCUCCCCGCCUCCUCCACGCCCCUCUCCCCCAUCACUGCGGCCUCACCUGCAGCAGUGGCGGGGCAGCAGGCGCAGAUGGCGUUUGCUCUCGUCAGCUCGGAUGGGACGCAGAUACCUGUCACUGACGCUGAUGUGAUUGUCGCCAGUACCAUCAAUCUCCAAAAACCCCCACCCUCCCCCACCUCCUCUGCCUCCUCCGCCACCUCCCCCUCCGCACCCUCCUCUCUCACCCCCUCCUCUCUCACCCCCUCCUCUCUCACCCCCUCCUCUCUCACCCCCUCCUCUCUCACCCCCUCCUCUCUCAUCCCCUCCUCGCUCCUACAAGUAUCACCAGGCGAGCCCAGUGCGGAUGCCUCAGGGCCGCUGCUGGUGGCGGCGCAGGAGGUGACGGUGGGGCAGACGGGGCGCCUCACAGUGUACGUGCGCGACGCCAUGGGCUCUGAUCUGUCCGCCGCGCCCCUCCUCUCGCUCUUCUCCGCCUCCUUCUCAGUCACCUCCAACUUGUCCCAACAGCACCUCACCUACCCCGCCACCCUCACUCUCUCUGCCUCCCCCUCCCCCGAGCCCACCUCGCCCUCCAACUCCUCCUCACUGGAUGUCACAUUCGAUACAGGCACACUCGCAGGAGCAGCGUCUCUCUCCGUCCUUCUCUCAGGCCGCCACAUCCGAGGCAGCCCCUUCCCCUUCACGGUCCUCCCAGGCCCACUGCACCCGCCUUCCUCGCUGCUGUAUGGGCCAGGGGCGCACGGGGCAGUGCCCAAGUUCCCGGCGUUUCUGCAGCUGCAGCUGAGGGAUGCGUGGGGGAACGUGCUGCUGGCCGGGGGCGCAGGGCAGGACGUGCAGGUGGGGGUGGUGCCCGCAGCGCAAGGGGCAGCGGCAGCAGCGGCGCUGGUGGGUGCAGGGGGAAACGGAGCGGUGCAGAGGGGUAUGCCGGCGGUGGCAGAAGGGGCGGCGGUGAGUGUGGUGGACAGCGGCAACGGCUGCUACUCCAUCUCCUACCGGGUCACCAAGCCCGGUGCCUAUGCUCUCCUUGUGACUGUAGGCGAUGUGCUACUGCAGAACGUGACUGUAGCAGCCACCCCAGCAGUGGACGUCAGUGCAGGCAGCGCUGCCGCCCAGCCCACGUGUGUGGUAACCGCAUCGCCCGCCUCUGGUCCAAUGCAGCAGCUGCUCGCGUUCGCGCCGCCUCUCGUCCAAUCAGGCGCCGCCAUGUGGCUGCGCAUCGUGGCAGUGGAUGCAGCGGGCAUGGCAGCUGUAUCUGACCCGGCUGUGCGCUCUGCCAAUCUGUCCCUCACCCUGCUCUCCACACAGGGUCAAGUAGCAGACAUCACUGCCACGCCCGUCGCCCCCUCCUUUGGAGGCAACCCCAUCCCCGCGCUGUGGCAGGCGCAGGUGACUGUUCCGGUGGCCGGCAGCUUUGUCCUGAUCUGCACGGAUGGUAACCAGCAGAGUUACAGCCUCAGCCGCUACCCUCCCACAGCAGACGCCUUCUCAGUUGUCGCCUCCCCUGCACCCGCCUGCCAGCCCCCCAAGGGACAGGCUGUACCUGUUGCAGGGGACGUGGCAUUUGGGAGGUUACAACCAGGGAGCUUCGAUGCUGAACUGAACUUCACCCGAGCAGGAGAGUAUACGGUGCAGGGUUACCUGGGGGAGGUGGCAUUUGGGGCGAAGGCGGAGAAGUUCACAGUGCUGCCGGGGGAGGUGGAUCCGGGGGAGAGCUAUGUGGACGGGGGGGAUGUGAGGGAGGCGGAGGCGGGCAGUGUGGGCGAGGCGGACGCGGGCGGGGGAGGCGGGGUGAGCGGGGGGAGUGCGGACGGGCAGGAGGAGGCGGGCACUGUGGUGAUGGCGGCUGUGGGGGGUGGGAGGAGGGCGCAGCCGACACAGGAGGGAGGGCAGGGGGGAGGGCAGGAGGUGGAAGAAGCGGGGGGUAUAGAGCCAGAGGGCGUGAAGUGCAUGUGGAGUGCUGCGUGCUCGCUGCCGCUGUGCCAGGCGCUCACUGCCUCUGACUACGGCACGCAGCAGGCAGCAUCAGGAGCAGCAGCACAAGGCACAGCCAGCAAGCGAGCAGCAACAGACGGGGCAGGGGUAGGGGCGGCAGGGGGGUGUGUGUUGGACGUGCAGUUUGAGGCGCGGCAAGCGGGCAACUUCAGUGUAACGGUUCUGCUGGAAGGUUCCAGGAAGAAGCUGGUGUUCCCGGUGCCGCUGCUGCAGGUGGUGCCAGGCGCACCCUCUGCUGAGCGCUCUACCAUACAGCUCAACAGCAACACGCUGCUGCUGGCUCGCCGCCCAACGCCAGCCCGUCCCAGGUGCCACCUUCCCCUCACUGUUCUCCCCGCGCCGCCCGCCGCCGCCCUGUCAUACGCGUUUGGGCCGGGCCUGGAGCGCACAGUCGCCGGCGCGCCCUCGACCUUCACGCUGCAGACGCGCACGGCACAGGGGCUGUACCCCGGGCAGACCACGGCAGAGGGUGGAGGGUCGCAGGGCGGGUGGACGCAGCUGGCACAGGGCGGCGACGGGGACGACAGCAGCAGCAGUGGAAGCACAAGCGGCAGUGGAGGGAGUGCGAGUGCGUGGGGCAGCAGUGCCACGUUCAUGGACGGCGCAGUAGCAGUGGUGGUGACGGUGUUUGCACGCCGCAACGUGACCCGCCAGGCCGAGGUGCGAUCCGUGGUCGCCCUGGGAGGAGGCGCCUACCGCAUCACCUACACCACGUACGAGCCGCCCCACGGGGGCUUCUACCGCGUGCGCGUGCAGCUGCACGUGGAGGGCAGCGGUGAGCCCCCCGCGGACAUCAUGGACGGACCCUUCUUCGUGCCCUUCUUCCGCGGCUCAGCCGCUGCCGCUCUCUCCACUGUCAACACGUCGCUGCAUUCGGUGCUAACCCAGCCGGUGAACCAGCCGCUGGUGCUGCUGGUGACCACGGCGGAUCAGUUUGGCAACCCUCUGUAUGAUGGCACGUGCCUCAUCGCCUUCACCCCACCGGGUCCCGGCCCGUUCCUGCUCUCCAUCCGCCUCUUCUCCCAGCACGUGCCUGGAUCCCCCUUCCUCCUCUCCUCUGUCCCCGGACCUGUAGCGCCCGAGCUCUGUGACGUGUGGGGGUCGGGGCUCGGGCCGACGGUGACAGCAGGGCAGGCGGUGGCAGUGAGGCCGGCGGCCAAGGGAGGCGCGCAGGAGCAGGGGGUGUACGAGGGCGGGUACACCGCCGUGCAGGCGGGGCGGGUGGCGGUGUGGGUGGUGUUUCACAACACUAUUGUCGCCACUGCUGCUGUCACUGUCCUGCCCGGCCCGCCUGCUGCUAACACGUCUGCAGUGCUGGUGCCUGCGGGAGGGGUGAGGGUGCGGGCAGGGGGAAGGGCCGAAGUGCUGGUGGUGCUGAGAGAUGGGCUUGGGAACGUGGCUUCUUUUGAUCCCACCACCACCAUCAACCCGUCCCUCAUCGCCCUAUCCUCCCCGCUCACCAUCGCCGGCUCCUACCAGCUUCAAGUGCUACUCAACGGCUCGCCCCUCCCCUCCCCGCCUCUCGCCCUCCAAGUCGUCCCAGCCGCCCCUGCCUCCUUCUCCCUCUCUGGAUUCCCCCCUGCCGCUUCCUUUCCCGUGGCCCGCCCAGUGAUUGUCCACGUGGCGCUGCGUGAUAGGUUUGGGAACCUGGUGGGGCAUGGGGCAGGGGAGGAGGGACGGGUGGGAGGGUCGGUGACGAUGUCGCAUGGGGAUGAGGCAACUGGGGGAGUGGUGGGGGAGACGUAUGCUCUCAACGUGACAGCAGUGAAUGUGACUGCAGCGGAGAUGAGUGGGACGGAAUGGCAGGGCACUGUCGCCACCACCACUGCCAGUGCUGCUACUACGGACGCCACUACCAGCACAGCCGCCACAGCAGGCCGCAGCAAGCCAGCCGCAACACCCGCCCCUGCUCCCUCUCCUGCCUCCCCCACCCCUUCCCCCUCCGCCGCCCUAAUCCCCGCCUGGCGCCUCUCCUUCACCCCGCAGACCCCCGGGCAGGCCUCGCUGCAGCUCAUGGUGGGUCCCCCCAACGCCGCCCUGCCUCUCUCCGACCCCGCCUCCGCCCUCCCCCUGCAGGCCACCAUCCUGCCGCGCCCCGUCAGCCUCGCCCACGCCACUCUCUACGGCGCAGGGCUGCAGCAGGGAGGGGGGGUGCGGGCGGGAACAACGGUGGAGAUGGGCAUGUGUGUGAGGGACGCGCAGGGCUUCCCUCUCCUCACUGAAUCUGCCAAGCUGCUCAAGGUGUCGGUCACUCUCGCCUUUUUUGCUCUCCCUGCACCCACGCCUGGCGCCUUCCUGCCCGUGCCUCCAGCCUCGGCCGUGCCUCGCGCCCGAAUGGGGUACGGCGGGGGGUGCAUCUUUCGAGGCUCGUUCAACCCUCCCAACAACACAGCCACGGCAGCGCCAUCAGCAGCGGCAGCGGCAGCAGCGCCACCGUACGGGUUGUCAGUAUCCGUGCUGGUCAACAGCCGCCCCGUCCGAUUCCAAUCCACCAACAUCACUGUUCAUCCCGCCCUGCCGCCCAACGCGCCCCUCCCGGCCAAUCUCACGGUGACAGCUGUCACGGUCGACGGGGUCCCCAUUCCGAACGGCUACCAGCUCCGGGGCGGCGCGGCUGGUUCGGAGACCAAGUUCGGCGUGCGGUUCACCGAUGCUAGCAGCACGGCGGUGCUGGUUGAAGAUGACUCAGCUCUGGGGGAUGGGGCGGAGGGGGGCACGGACAGUGUGAGCGUGAGUGUGAGCAAGGGAGGGUACGUGACGGUGACGGUGGUGGCAGCAGCGGCGCAUGUGGCGUGGCGCAACGUGCAUUACUCCACGGCAGACGGCUCCUCUGCUGGCUGGUUCCAGCUGCUGCUCGCGCCAGGCCCAGCCAAGGCAGUGAGGGUGGACGCAGCACCGCUGCAGGCAUGUGGGAGGGGGGCGUGCAUGGUGGGGCGGCGCACGGCCUUCAGCAUGGCGGUGCUUGAUGCCUCUGGCGCCCCGCGCACCUUCAACCGCCUCACAGGGGAGGGUGACUCGCUCACCGUGCUGCUCACCCGCCCCGGCACCAACCAGGCACCAGUCAGGUGGGUCACUCGCUGUGUGCUCUGA